AUGUCGCCCACUGCUCUACCCCCCGACCCGGUCUCCGAACUUCGCGCGAAUGCAUCGAAUACCCCUGCUAAGCCGCGCAGCUGUCUGGUCUGUCGCCAGCGCAAGGUGCGAUGCGACAAACAGUCACCGUGCUCCAACUGCCGUCGCGCCAACCCAAUCGCUGCAACUGUCACAAGGGACAAUAGCAUGGGGGUAGACCGACUGAUGGAUAGGGUGAACACGCUGGAGAGCCUGGUUCAAGAACUGAAGAGCCAGUUGGGACACCCGCUGUCCCCCGAGCUCUCUGAUAAGGCCGGCAUGACUGGCAGCCACUCACCCGGCAGCUCAACUCGAGAGGACCAUGCGAGGGAAUCCUCUUCUAAGGCGGGCACCAAUAGCGUUCACACCCAGCUUGGACGGCUGGUCCUGCAGGAUGAGCGUCACAGCCGCUAUGUGAGCAGCAGCUUCUGGUCCCGUGUUGACGACGAGCUUAACGGGCUAAGAAUGGCCACCAACACCUUAUUAGAUGACGACUCCGACAGCGCAGACCACCAAUCCGCCGGCCAACCACAGUCCGUCGCCGCAUUACAACGGACGCCAGCAGAACGCCAUGCAUUCAUUUUCGGGCUGGGUCUGGAUUCCGCCAAUCCAGACCUGCGCGAGCUUCACCCCCUGCCCUCACAGGUGCCCUUUCUGCUGGAGACCUUUGCGGAGAGUGUCAACUACUUCUUAGGGAUUGUGCACAUGCCCACCAUCUCGAAUGUGGUCCGCGAGUGGCGUCGAAGUGGCAUGAAAUCUCUCUCGCCCUCCAAUGAGGCCCUGCUCUUUUCAAUUUACUAUGCCACAAUAGCCUCGAUGGAAGAUGAGGAUGUGAUGACCAACUUUGGCGCCUCCAAGUACGAACUGAAUCUGAAAUACCGUCAAGGGCUGGAGCAGGCUCUUGCCAAAUCUGAUUUUCUGAAUGCUCCAGACACUGUUCUGGUGCAAGCAUUCACCAUCUUUCUCUACCUCUCUCGUCGAUACGACAGCCCGAGGUACAUAUGGAUAAUGACCGGGUUUGUGAUUCGGAUGGCUCAAUACCUGGGUCUGCAUCGUGACGGUGCUCAUUUUGAUCGCUUCACCCCGUACGAAGUGGAGCUGCGCCGCAGGGCCUGGUGGGGUGUAUGUCUAUUGGAUAUACGAGCCUCCGAGGAUCAGGGGACAGAUCUAAGCAUCGCGCAAGGAAGCUUCGACACGAAACUCCCCCUUAACAUUAACGACGGUGACAUCGGCCCUAACAUCAAAGAAUCUCCGUCCGACCGUCAGGGCUUGACAGACAUGUCCGUUCCCCGACUCUCCGCACAUAUGACCACCAUCAUGCGAGACAUGAUGAGCCGUGGGAUUGCGGACGGGGUCGAAGGCAUGCAGGAGCAGAGCCGCUCAGUGGAUGAACUCUACCGCAAACUCGACGAAGAGUACCUGCAGCACACGGCCGGGUCCACCAGUAUUGUUUCCUGGGUCGCCGUCAACCUAGUUCGCAUGGUGAUGGCCAAGAUGACGCUGAUUGUCUUUCUCCCGGUGUUGUUCUCUUCUCCCAGCGAAGAGCUGACGGAAGAGAUCAGAACUAAGCUCCUGUGUGCGGCCAUCGAGGUGGCCGAGUACAACCACGCGCUCAACGCAGAACAUUCCGGUCGCCAUUUGCGAUGGUUGUACCAAACGUGCACGCACUGGCAUGCAAUCGUGUACCUGUUGAUCGAGAUUUCACGUCGUUCGUGGUCACCGUUCGUCGAGCGGGCGUGGGUCGCCUUGCACAGCAGCUGGCUGAUCCCUGCGCCGUCGCCGACCGCCGGGAGACGCGGUAUUUGGAUUCCUCUCCGGAAGCUGAUGGAAAAGGCGCGACGACACCGUGAUGCUGAGCUCAGCCGACUGCGAAGUGACCAUGAGGCAGUUACCAAACUUGACCUUGAGGCUCAGAAUGCUCCUAUGCCAUCUAGCCCUGGACUCUUGGGCGUAGGACCCGUCAGCGAGGCCUACCGUCAACGAUGGCGCCAGCUGGUUACUACACCAGUGACGAACAAAUUGACGCCUGCGCUGGAUACUAACCAUGAGGCUAUUCCAUCGACCGAUGCUACGAUUGCUGCCGGUAGCACCAGCUCAGAAUUAAUGAUGUCGGAUACGCAGGCUGCCGCUCCUGUGGUGCCCACACCUGAUUAUUUGUACGGCGUGUCCACUGCGGCUCCGGAUCCUGCUAUUAACUUGGCCUGCGCCCCGUGGACGUCACCAGACGACAUGAUCCAGACUUUCGAUAUGAGUUUUGUGGAUGCUAGCAUGGAUAUUGAUAGCGAUAUGGACUGGCACAACUGGAUCGAGUCGGCGAAGGGUUUGGAGUCGGCUGCAGGAAACGAUUUUCCCUCAUGGUGCACAGUUCGUGAUGACAAGGAUGUAUAA